AUGGUCAACUCCUGUUGUGGCUCCGUCUGCUCUGACCAGGGCUGUGGCCAAGGCCUCUGUGAGGAGACCUGCUGCCGCCCCAGCUGCUGCCAGACCACCUGCUGCAGGACCACCUGCUGCCGCCCCAGCUGUUGCGUCUCCACCUGCUGCCGCCCCUCUUGCUGUGGAUCCAGCUGCUGUGGUUCUAGCUGCUGCCGUCCCAGCUGCUGCAUCUCCAGCUGCUGCCGCCCCUCUUGCUGUGGAUCUAGCUGCUGCGGUUCCAGCUGCUGCCGCCCCAGCUGCUGCGUCUCCAGCUGCUGUCGCCCCUCUUGCUGUGGCUCCAGCUGCUGUGGUUCCAGCUGCUGCCGCCCCAGCUGCUGCAUCUCCAGCUGCUGCCGUCCUUCUUGCUGUUAUCCCUGCUGCUGCCGCCCCUGCUGCUGCCUGCGCCCAGUCUGUGGCCAAGUCUGCUGCCACACCUCCUGCUACCGCCCAACCUGCGUCAUCUCCACCUGCCCCUGCCCCACCUGCUGCACUUCCUCCUCCUGUUGA